AUGUUAAAAGCAAUCGAACCAACUCCCAAAGUUUAUCCCUCAACAUCUAACAGGAAAAGGCAUGGGAAACACCGAUCAGAACCAGAUCAUGAAGAACCGAAAACCAAUGAUGAACACCCUGAUUCAGCUCCAAGGAAAAGACGGAGAAACCCGAGACGGAAAAGGUAUCAACCGCCAUUUUCAUCGAACGAUCCUUCCGUACGGACGGCAAUGUACGUAGCCAUGGCCCAUGCAGGCCUUGCUUUAACACUAGCUCUCCUCUUCGGCCUCAGCAAGCUCCUGCAGAACUACUGGCGCCCCAUCCAAUGGGCCAUUCUUUGUUCCAUGCCUUUACGUGGGCUCCAAACGCUGAUAGUUUCCUUCUGGUCGCACCCUCUUGGUCUCGGCCUUUUCGAAACCCUGAUCGCCAUCCCCAUCGCCAUUCUACGUGCCACCACCGCAUCCCUCCUCGACUCGCAUGCCGCCCUCCUCCGCCUACUCAGCCGCAGCUCCUCUCCUCGGCCUGCUGGUCGUCGCCAGACACGUGUUGGUUUCUAUAAGCUCAUGCAAUGGCUUGUCUCUUUUGGCCCUUUUGUUCUUGUUUAUGAGAGAAUAGGGUUUUUCUCUAUCCCAGCUGUUACAGUCCCUUGCUUCGUAGCCUAUAUAAAUGGGUCUAUAUUAGGAUUUCUUUUCUUCUCCUAUAAAAUUGCAAUUGAAGGGAAAGAAGCAGUCAUUUCUUUGAAGGUUCAUUUGGAAGAGAAUAAUUAUGGUGAGGUAAUUGGGAUUAAUAAAUGGAUGGAUGAGAAUCAAAUCCCUGAAUUAAUUGAUAGCUAUAUGUCCAAGUUUUAUGAAACUUUGUCACAAAAUAUUGAUUCUUGGGCUGUUUAUCACAAUGUGACAGAGGUUGUUGAUGGUUUUAAGCAGUAUUUUGUGCAAAGCUCGGUAGUUUCUUGCAUUCCUGAUGAAAAAGUUAGCGUCCGGAGGCCGGUGUAUGAGACCCUCUAUAGCCUUCAAUCAAAGGUGAGGAAUGGAGAGUGGAAAGUGAUUUAUAGGGAUAUUAAUGGUGAGUUUAGGAAAUUCAUGUCUCUGAUCGCUAAUGAGGAUUUGUUGGAGAAGAUCAAAGCAUUUCUUCUUCAGAGUUUGGAUGUCUCGAAAAAGGUACUUUUUAGCUGUUCGAUGGUGUUAGCUAGAGGUGCAAAUCUGUUGUUCUUUGUGGCCAUACUGAUUGUUUCAGGAGCAGCUGAAUUGGUGAAUUUUAUAUUUGAAUUGAUGGUGUUUUUGUGGCUUUUGUAUUAUCCGAUCACUUCAGAUUCUGGAGGAGUUAUGGACCAUGUUUUAGGGAUGUUACCAGUUUCAAGAUCCACCAGGAAUCGAUGCGCCCAAGUUCUUGAUCAUGCUGUUAGCAGUGGACUGCUAGCUACCGCCAAGGUCACAUUGUUCCAGGGCUGUUUUACAUAUCUUCUGUUCAGAUUCUACCACAUUCAUUUCCUUUACAUGUCUACAUUUCUAGCUUUUUUAAGCGCUCUUUUACCUAUAGCUCCAGCUUGGAUUUCAUCGAUCCCGGCAGCACUCCAGUUAGCCAUGGAAUCAAGAUACAUUGAAGCUAUUCUACUGACAGCAGUUCAUGUGAUACUAUUGGAUUAUGGGACUAUGGCUAUCCAAGAUGAGAUUCCAGGACAUAAUACUUACUUGACAUGUCUUAGCAUAUUUGGUGGCAUUGCCUUUUUCCCCUCUAUAUUGGAAGGAGCAAUUAUGGGUCCUCUAGUGAUGACUGUGAUCAUUGCUUUGAAGAAUCUUUAUGUCGAAUUUGUUCUUGCUUUUGCUGGUGAAAACAGUUGCUAA